AUGCAUCUCAAGGAGGCUAUGACCAAGUCUGAGAUGAAGAUUGAGAUCGCUCAAGAUGGCAAAGCCCGUGCGAAAUGGGGCAUGACACAGGAGUAUAAGCAAGUCCCAACUUGUCCCUGGGCCAAAUAUGGAACCGACGAUGAGAGUCGGGAUCCUACGAAGAGCAGUCAAGGUAACAAUAUCGACGAUUUGCUCGACAAUAACUCUGGUAGCUUGAAGCAUAUAAUGGGUGUCCUCAUGCAAGGCCCACCAGCAAAGAUGUCUGAGGAUACCCUCAAAGCCUUCAAUAUCCUUGCUCAAGGUGAGAGAGUCCUUCAAGCGGAGAAGCCGUUUCCCGAAACGGAGUCCCCCGAAGAUGAUUGGAACCCCAGCAAGCCCAAGGGUGGUAAGGAACAGUGGGAUGAUGUUCAUAACAAGUGGUCUACAUCAGAGUGGAACGAGGACGGUGAUGGAGGAAGCGACGUCCAGCAGACUUUUGUCGACACUUGGUUUGAGGCUCUCAAGUGGAGAAAGGCAUUGUCAGGUUUGGGCAAGCUGCCUAAACUUCUGGGGGAGAGGUUCGGUGAUUUGUAUGUCGAGGCCCCACUGAUGACAGUUAGUUAA